UGGUGCUGAGUAGAACGAGCAGCAGGCACACUACGAGAUCAAGUGUAGGAGUGUGUGUUUGUUUGUGUGUCUGAGAGAGACAGAUACAGGCAGACUCAUUGGAUAACCACUGUAUUGUGAAGCCAAUAGUAUCCUCUAGUAACACAGACAAAAGAGCAGCGUUUUUUCUCAGAGGAGUUGCAGGAAAAGUCUGAGAGAAGAAAAGGAGUAAGUGUUGGAGGAAGAAAAAAAAGAGAGACUAAGACAAGCCCCCAUCUUCACCAAAGAGCAGGAGGUAAAUCACCGGCAAGAAAAUACUAAUGACCUGAAGAAAGGAAAAAAACGUGGAGCUGCGCAUCAGGGGGGCCCGGGCACAUAUACACCCACAGCCACACACACAUGCAAGACGAGACCCCAUCACUGCUCUCCACUCCUACGUGAUCCUUUCUCCCGCCACACGCAGACACAAGGGCCGCACUGAAACAUCCAAGGGAGUGGAGGAGUGAAGUCGACACUUGCUGCAGGACUUCGUCAAAGUAAAAGUCGUCCUUGGAUUGUUUUUAGUUUUUUUUUUUUACUCUGAAGCCAGAAUCCUACUUUUGUGCUGACCUUUCAAAGUACUCCCCCCCCCCCCACCCCUGCCAGGAGUAAAGAUGAGCUGCAGGAAAAGGUGCAAGAGGGAGAUCUUCAAGUUUGCACAGUACCUGUACAGACUCAUCACGGGCACGAACACCGACAGCGUUGAAGAUGAGCUUGAACUGUCUACAGUCCGCCAUCGCCCCGAGGGCCUGGAGCAACUGGAAGCCCAGACAAGUUUCUCCCGAAAGGAGCUACAGAUCCUUUACCGCGGCUUCAAGAAUGAAUGCCCAAGUGGGGUCGUCAACGAAGAAACGUUUAAAGACAUCUACGCACAGUUCUUCCCACAAGGAGAUGCUUCAACAUACGCACAUUUCCUGUUCAAUGCAUUUGACACAGACCACAAUGGCUGUGUAAGUUUUGAGGAUUUCGUUAUGGGCCUUUCUAUCCUGCUGCGAGGCACAAUCCAGGAGAAACUCAACUGGGCUUUCAACCUGUAUGACAUCAAUAAAGAUGGAUAUAUCACUAAAGAGGAAAUGCUGGACAUCAUGAAGGCCAUCUACGACAUGAUGGGAAAAUGCACGUACCCCGUCCUCAGAGAGGAGACGCCUCGUCAGCAUGUAGAAGUAUUCUUUCAGAAAAUGGACAAGAAUAGAGACGGAGUGGUAACCAUCGACGAGUUUAUCGACUGCUGCCAAAACGAUGAAAACAUCAUGCGGUCGAUGCACCUCUUUGAAAAUGUUCUUUAACUUUUGGCUGACUGCGGAGGCUUUGGAAGAGGACAUCAUCUUUAGCUCGGCCCAAUAACUGACAUGGACUCAUACUGUGUACUGCGUGCUAUGCAGACUUUUGAUCGUAGAUAAAAUAUUGUUCAUUACUGUGGGCUGUAAGUAGAAGUAGGCAAUACGGUGCGAACACUCUGGAAUGAGAUGCAAUUUGAAAACGUUAUUGAAUACAAACCUUUAUUAGAUAAAAAAUAAAUAAAAGAGUGAAAAAGGUGAAAAUGAAAAAAUCGUAACUUCGAGCUCUCCACCAUUACUCUCUGGAGAGUCUUUCUAUUCUGCAGACUGCGUUACACACACGGGGAAGAGAUUUGGGUUGAAGGGGUUUUAGAGACAAUGCUUCCAUCUCUGCAGCCUUGACUUUUAUUUACUGCCAAGUGGAAUCACUGUGACUUUUUACAGCAU